AUGUCAUUUGUAGGAGGAGGAUCAGAAUGCGCUGUCAAUGGUAAUGUUGUAUCACAAUUAAAUAAACAUACUCAACAAGAUAGAUCAUUACAGCAACAAGUAUCACAACAUGGUAAUCCCAUUUUAAACAAUCAAGGGUUUAAAAAGGAUAAUUUGAUUAAUAUAAGAGAUAGACAAAAUUUAGAUCAAUUUAUGAAUAAUGGAAGCUCUCAACAAAAUUCAUUUCAAUUUCAACAAAUGAAACAUGAAUUAAAUCAUAUGAAUCAAUUACCUCAACAUCAACAACCUUCAAACUGGUCACAAGAUUUUAAACAACAAUCUCAUUCACCUAUUCCACAACAACAAAAUAUAUCAACACCAAUGACCAAAAAUGGACAAUGGGCUAAUGAAUUUAAACAACCAAUACUUCAACAACCUCAAACUUUACAACAACAUCAAGAUCAACAACUAAAUGCAAACCAACAACAAUAUAAUUCAUAUAGACCAAUGAUGAACUAUAGGCCAAUGAUGGGUAUGAGUAUGUCUUCGAAUUUCCAACAACAACAACCACAACAAAUAUCACAACAACAUCAAAAAGAAGAAACAGAUCAACAAGUAGACUGGGAUGACCAAUUUAAAAAAAUUGAAGAAUUGUCAGAUGAUGUUAAAGAAGAAGCAAAAUUAGCUGAUGAUCAAGAUGAUAUUGUAAUUGAUGAUAAAUAUCAAGCAACUUUUCAAGAAGUUUGGGAUAGUCUUAAUUCAGAAGCUUUGGAGAAUGAUUUUAUAGAACAACAAUAUGAAGAAUUUAAACAUACACAAAAAGAAACAUUUCCACCAGAUAUGAAUCAAUGGGAAAAAGAUUUUGCAAAAUAUGCUUCAACAAGGGCUCAUUUUGGUGAUUAUCAAUUUGAAGAUUCCAAGACAAAUCAAUUUUUGGAUUUACCACAAGAUCAAGAUCCGUAUGAAAUUGGUUUACAAUUAAUGGAAAAUGGUGCAAAAUUAUCUGAAGCAGCUUUGGCAUUUGAAGCAGCAAUACAAAAAAAUGAAAAUCAUGUUGAUGCUUGGUUAAAAUUAGGUGAAGUACAAACUCAGAAUGAAAAAGAAAUUGCUGGUAUAUCGGCCUUGGAAAAAUGUUUAGAAUUAAACCCAGAAAAUUCAGAAGCUUUAAUGAAUUUAGCUAUAUCAUAUAUAAAUGAAGGUUAUGAUAAUGCAGCUUUUGCAACUUUAGAAAGAUGGAUAUCAACAAAAUAUCCACAAGUUGCAGAUAAAGCCAGACAAGAAAAUCCAGAGAUUACAGAUGAAGAUAGAUUUUCAUUAAAUAGAAGAGUUACAGAAUUAUUCUUAAAAGCUGCUCAAAUAUCACCAGAUCAUGCAAGUAUGGAUGCUGAUGUACAAAUGGGAUUGGGAGUAUUAUUUUAUGCAAAUGAAGAUUUUGAUAAAACUAUUGAUUGUUUCAAAGCUGCAUUAAGUAUAAAACCAGAUGAUGCAAUAUUAUGGAAUAGAUUAGGUGCGUCAUUAGCAAAUUCAAAUAGAUCAGAAGAAGCAGUAGAAGCAUAUUUCAAAGCAUUGCAAUUAAAACCAACUUUUGUAAGAGCAAGAUAUAACUUGGGGGUUUCAUGUAUAAAUAUUGGAUGUUAUAAAGAAGCUGCAGAACAUUUAUUAUCUGGUUUAUCAAUGCAUCAAGUUGAAGGAGUUGAUUCAAAUUCAACUUUAAAUCAUAAUCAAUCUACUUCAUUAACUGAAACUUUGAAAAGAGCAUUUAUUGCAAUGGAAAGAAGAGAUUUAGUGGAAUUAGUUAAACCAAAUAUGGAUUUAAAUCAAUUUAGAAGUGAAUUUAAUUUUUAA